GGUACAGCUAACACCACCUGGAAGAGUGUUGGAACUACACGUCCUGAGGGAGAGUUUAAUAUGUCCUUUAUAACUCUCUAGUGCAUCUGAGGUCUCUCCUGGGUAGCUCCGCGGGACCAAGAUGUCAAAGAGAGCUCUCGAGGACGGGGGCACCAGCUCAGCUCCCCCGCCCAAGAACCUCAAGGUGCAGUUUGAACCCAUACAGUUGGGCCCAAUUUCUACUCUUGAUGAGAUGGAUAUGAAAACUCUCCGCUUCCAGAACCACAAGCUUUACCAGCGGCUUGAGCAAAGGAAAAGAAUAGAAGAUGACUUACGGAGUCGAAUAGAACAGCUGGAGAAGCGACAGACCCAGAGUGAUGAUGUGUUGACUGUUAUCAACCGGUACUGGAACCAAUUCAAUGAAGAUAUCAGACUCAUGUUACAACGAUUUGAUGCUGAGACUGCUGAUGAGUCUGAGACAAAGAAUGAAAGUGAGGCAACUACUUCCUUCCUGACCCAGUUAUCAACUUGGGAUAGAGAGGAGUUAGAUGAAAAACUAGCCAACCGGGUGCAGGUGUCUAAACGUGCAGUGGCCAAGAUUGUGCAGGCCUUUGAUCGCCUCCACCAACGAAAUGAAAAGGUGGCUCGAGCACUUAAGGGGGAAGGAUUGGAAGAGCCUCCACCAGCAUUAGAAGAAAGUGUUCGGGAAUUGAACAAUGAGCUCCAGACAGAGAACAAAAACCUUCAUGGGCAGAAUCUUUCUUUCCAUGAGAAACAUCAUCUCAUGUGUCUUAAGGUAGCAGAACUAGAGGAGAAACUUCAGGCUAUGGAUACUGAGAAGGCUGAGAUGCAGAACCGCAUUGAGGAUAUGGAUUAUGACCUAAACAAGACACGCUCACGCUGUGAAAAAGUGGAAAGCCAUCUGGCUGAUACUUGUCAGAAAUUGAAGGCCAUGCAAGAUGAAUGUGGCGUCAAUACUCCCGGUAAUGUCAAAACAGGGGAGGUUUUACCAGUUGGUGGGAAGAUCACGUCCUCCGUCUCAUCCAAGAAGAUGGAAGAAUUAAACAGUGAGCUGGAGGAGUUACGUGAACUGAGUGCCAAGAGACUGGAUGAGCUGGAAAAGAAGACAAAUGAGCACAAGGAAGCCCUCAAGGAGGUGGAAAGAUUGAAGAUGGAUUUACGCCAGUUACCAGAAAGUGUAAUAGUGGAGACAACGGAAUACAAAUGUCUUCAGUCCCAGUUCUCAGUGCUGUAUAAUGACUCCAUGCAGCUCAAGACACAGCUAGAGGAAACACGACAUCAGCUACAGAACAGUAAAAAUGCACACCUGCGUCAGAUUGAGCAAAUGGAGAGCGAAGAACUAACAAUCCAGAAGAAGUUGCGCGCUGAAGUAAUCCAACUAGAAGACAUGCAAGCCCAGGUGCGUAAGGAGUACGAGAUGCUGAGAAUUGAAUUUGAGCAAAACCUGGCUGCUAAUGAGCAAACAGGACCUAUCAAUCGGGAGAUGAGGCACCUGAUCACCUCCUUGCAGAACCACAUCUCACAACUGAAGGGAGAAAUCCAUCGUUAUAAGCGGAAGUACAAAGAAGCUGCUACUGAAAACAAUAAGUUGAAACGAGAAAUGGAAGACCUGCAUCUGAAACUGGCUGUAAGACAAAGGAGUGCAAGUGUCAGUGAACGUCAGGACAGUGUCAGUAGUGAUCGUGGUGAUGGGGGAAAAGAACAGAUGGUCAAAGAGGAAGGCAGUGAAUCGUGCGACUCCUCGGGUCCCCCAACCUCUUCUAACCAGCAGUCUUCUACUCCUUUGGGUGGAGGAGGAGCUGGUGUUGAGGACAAGACAGCUGAAGGGUUGGACAUCAAGAAGGAAGAAGGUGAAGAAGAAUCGAAGGAUAAUGAAGAAGGUGACAAGAAGGAAGAUAAGAUUAAAAAGGAGACAAAAAAAGAGGGCAAGGAAGGAAAGGAUGGUGGUAGUGGCAAGCAGGGUGGUGCUGCUCCUCCAGCCAAAGAUUCUAGGGAAAGUGAAAUCAUCCGUAAUCUGAAAUCUGAGCACAAGAAGGCUGUAAAUGAUUAUCGAGAACUGAAACUUCUACUGGAUAUGUACAAGGGUGUGGGCAAGGAGCAGCGAGAUAAAGUACAGCUAAUGGCAGCAGAGAAGAAAGCAAGGCAAGAGGUGGAAGAACUCAAGGCACAGGUGAAGAAACUUCAGGAAAGUAAACGAGAGGAGAGAAAGAAAUUGGCUGAUGAAGAAGCUAUUCGCAAAAUCAAGCAGCUUGAAGAGUCCGUUCACCAGCUGCAGCGACAAGUUGCUGUUCAGAAACAGGAAGAAGAAACAUUAUUGAAUGAGAUGGAGGUAACUGGACAGGCCUUUGAAGACAUGCAGGAACAAAACAUACGAUUAAUUCAACAGUUAAGAGAAAAAGACGAUGCAAAUUUUAAGCUCAUGUCAGAGCGGAUUAAAUCUAACCAGAUACAUCAGUUGGCCAAUGAAGAACGUAAUGUUUUACAGGAGCAGACUAACACCCUUACAACUCAAGUGGAAGCACAAAACCAGGUUGUCCGCAAGUUAGAAGAGAAAGAACGUUUAUUACAAAAUAAUUUGACAACAGUGGAGAAAGAACUUACUCUCCGUCAACAAGCUUUGGAGAUGCACAAGCGAAAGGCCAUAGAAUCUGCUCAGUCUGCUGCAGACCUAAAAUUACAUUUAGAAAAGUAUCAUGCUCAAAUGAAGGAAGCACAGCAGGUGGUUGCUGAGAAAACAAUGGCUCUGGAGCAAGAGGCUUUUAAAUAUAGAAGAGUUCAGGAAGAAAUAGCAAGUUUAAGAAGGAAGGUUGAACGAGCUAAGAAGUUCGAGAUGGUUGACCGAGCAGAUGAGGUUUUAAUGGAGGAGAUAAGGGACUACAAGGAUACACUCACCUGCCCAUCAUGUAAAGUUAAAAGAAAAGAUGCAGUACUUGUGAAGUGCUUCCAUGUGUUCUGCUUUGAUUGUCUACGUACUCGAUACGAGACAAGGCAGAGAAAGUGCCCCAAGUGUAAUGCAGCUUUUGGGGCUAAUGAUUAUCACCGUCUGUAUCUGACCUAAUUUUGUUGAAUCCAAAAAAUUUGUGGUUAUAAUUUUUUUUACAAGACUUGACCUUAAUAUUGCACAUUAUUAUAAACUUAUUUUAGCUAUGAAAUUGGUGUUCUCAUCCUCAAAAAUAAGAGGUGAGGAACUUCUUUAAUUGCUGUUAUGACAGUGUACUAAGUAAUUUUAAUAAUUGCUAAAUUCAGGUUCAGCUUAAAUUUCUACUGCAAAGUUGUGGGACCUGAUAGAAAUUUUUGAGGGAGAGAUAUUUUGUAUCACAUGAAUUGACAAAAAACAAAGUAACCCAAUCUAAAGGAAAUUACAAUAUAGCCACUGGGGGACUGCAUCAUUUCAAAACACCAUACAGUGGUAGUGUAUUGUUUUUAUUUAUUAAUUUUCACUUCAUGUCACUGCCUAGAAUUGUACAGUAACUCGUAAAUCAGUCUCAUGAGUUAAAAACUGAAAUGUACUUCCAGGUGUGACACUUUUAGAACUGGGAACAAUGUCAAUGCAGUUACUGUUGGGCAUAGGUAUAGACUUAAAUUUUAUAGUAAAUUGUCCGACUAAUAGAUUUUCUACCACUAAAAUUAAUUUGUUCAACUUACACAAAAAUAAAUAGAAAUCCAGUGCUCAUAUAAUUUAUAAAUUAGUGGUGCAUAAAUUAAUGGAAUUUUAAAUGAAAGUUUGUAUAUUUAAUGGAAAUAAAUCUUCUGAUAGCCACAACUUGUUGCAGCAACCAUUCAUGUACUAGACAUGAAUCUUGCUGUGUAUUGUAUGGGAUUAGUCAGAUGGACCAGUCUUGACAAUGUGAUAAAUAUUAACUUAGGUAACUUGAGUAGUGAAUGAUGUUUUUAUGAGAUUUGACAAAGAUGUUUAAUUUUUCUAGUGUUCUAAUGCCUGAAAGGUUCAGGGCUGACCUCAUGGAAAUAUGUUCUUUUAUGAAACCAAGUUAAGAAGAGUGAAAGAAUAUGAGUAAAAGAGGACUUGGUGGAGGAAACUGUUUGGAUGUAUGAAAUUUUUGAUAAUUGAAAAAAGAUUCAAUUGAUCUAUCUGCAACAUAGCAGGACAACUCCCAUCAAGAUUGUGGUUCUUGUAACUGGCUGAUAGUUUACAUAGUUCAUCCUGUUCUAAAAAAACAAUCCCUAUCAAGAAUUUGGUGUAUGAAAUAGGUUUCACACAAGCUCCCUUAUUAUGUAGCACAACACUGCCAAGAUCAAUAAGGACCACAUUCUGCAGGAGUGGCCUAAAAUGCAGGUACAUACUUGGCGUACAGAUAAGGUUCUGCGUGAACUCUUCUAUUGUACAAAAGGAGACCAUUGUAUAAGUUCUGCAUUAGUUACCCUCCAAUACAAGAGCCUAGAGAAUACAUUGAAUCCCAUUUUCAGCAUUCCAGGAAUAAUUGCUUCAGCAGUUUACCAGUUUCUAAAUGGGAUGCGUGACAUUAGAAACUCUGUUUUUUCUUGAACUAAAGUACAUUUUUAUUGACUAAGAUAAGAAGGUUCAAGGUUGAUGUGAAGUUUGUAAAGGAGUUUAUAAUUAUUUUGUUAGUUGAGAGUUAACAAUUUAAGUUUGUCCCAGACAUUGCUUUCUUUCUGUAAAUGGAAAGUGCAAAUUCUUCCCAAAAUCUGUACUUAUAAGAAUGUAAUUUAUUGUACAUUAUAAGUUUGCUCCUUUCAUAAUGUUUUGAAGGAGAGAGAUCCUGUAUGUUGCAAGUGAGGUUUUGGUGUUAAGAUUUUUAUUAGCAACCAACUUAACGGAAUUAUAAUAAAAAUCUACAGACAUUAAGGAAAUUGCA